AUGGGGAGGACCAAGGCCUCGAAGGCGGUAAUCGCAGGUACGAAGGCGACACCACCAAAGCAGAGACGUUCUAAGAAAGCAUCCACGGCUGUGGUGAGGAGUCUCGACACUCUCCAAGAGACAAAGGAAGCUGGAAAAAGACAGUUCAAGCAUGCUCAGAGCACCCGCAGGAACUACGAUGGAACGGUCACUCGCAUGCGAAAAUGGGCAGCCGAGUACGGGCCAUCGGAAGGCCAGGACGUCGACAUAUCACACGUGCAGGCAGUCAGGGAUUCGGCCGAAGGUGCAGUCGGUGUCGACCCGGAAUUCAGGCUGGCGUUCACUGGCCACCUGAAGAAGUGCUCGGGAGAUGCACUGGCACUGUACAUCACUUUCAAGUGCCUUCAUGAAGGACUGGGCACGUCGACUGCCACCAGGGCACAUGCUGCUAUCAAGAAAUAUUGGGAGGAACUUGAUGGCGAUGUCUAUCGAGGAAGAUGGCACUUUGACGAACACGCUCAGCGCUGGGCUGGCAAUCCGGUAAUGUGCGCCGAAGUGCAAAAUAUACUCGAUGCGGUCAAUAACAAAUAUGGUGCGGAUGGUGGUGAGCGAACUCACUCGGCGGCGAUGCAAUAUGAGUAUCUCGACCAGGUUAUCAAGUGGUCUGAGAGUGUGUGUCCAGAGAUCAGUGUGCACAUACCACCCGUGGACGUGGAGAGCCGGCACGUCACAACCAAGCACCUGUUGUUCAGGGCAUUUGCAACUACGGGAUGGACAAUCUGGUCGAGAAACUUUGAGACAGUGGCCUUGAAGUGCAAACACUACAUCCUGAAUGCGCAGGGCCCCAAUUCAUCCAGCAAACCAUUCUUCAAGUUGGAGCUCGUUGACCGGAAGGGCUGGCGGAGAAAGAAUCUGAAGGAUAGAAGCGGGUCCGUCGAACAUGACCUCCAGGGCAACACUUAUCACAUCUAUGACCAGCCCACGCUUCCAUCCGCAAAUGCAUACCGUCAUCUCCCCGCUUGGAUCCAGUACCUGGAGGCCUUUCAUUAUGGCCGGCCGCUACAUGAUGACGACUACCUGUUUCCGACUAUCAGCACAAAUGGCAUGAUUCAGCCUCACCUGCCAGUCUCGCACGAUACGAUUCAGCAGUGGCUGAAUGAGUUUACAAAGGAAGCCGGUGUAGCCCAGCUGGUCCGCGGUGAGUUCACGACACACUGCUUCCGACAUGGUGGUACACAGUAUCGCUUCAUGUUUGCUGCGCCGGGUGAUCGCUGGACCCUGGCAAGGGUACGGUGGUGGGGCAGAUGGGCGAAAGGGGAGCAUUGCGAUAUGUUGAACAGAUAUCUACUUGACGAGCUGUAUAUGUACGAAGAAAGUCAUGCAGACACACUUCAUUCUGCAGUGAGAGCGGAGGGACUGAGCUUCCUUCAGGAUGACAUGUCCGCCAUAUCUGAUGGAUGCUUCCGUGAGAGUCUGCUGUCGAUACGCCAGGACCUGGGCAGCGCGGUGAGUACUGCCAUGUCGACAUUCUUCGCCAGGCAGUCACAGUCGGCGGUGUCUACUCCCACUGAUCAGUCGGAGCUGUCCCCUUCGGUUGUACAACAAUUCCCGCCAUACAUGUGCCCCCUUGUGCCCAUCCCCAUCCCUGUCUCUCCUAGGACACGAUCAACAAUUGCGACAUCGAGGCCGUCCGCUGUUCAUCUGGUGUGGAUGGAGCACCAUCUGAUCUUCCCCAAUCAAGCACCCAUGCCAACGUUGAUCGCUGCUACACGAGCACGGCCCUCUUCACUGCCGCCACCAAAUGUGUGCGUCUUGAAUGUCCCAAUACCACGCGAGGGUCGACGCCUAAAGUCCGAGUCUUGGCGUGAUAUUGUGGAGCUCUGGGAAACUGGCAUCCCCGAGCAAGGGGUUCUCCCACUGAAGGACUGGCCGAAGGCAUGGUUGACAGGCGCAAACAAGCCCCGCUUUGCAUUGAAGCAUCACCAAUGCAGGGUGAUCGCAGAGGAGUACUUGCGGCGCGCAAGGUUCAGGCGCGAUGAUGCUGCAUUCCUCCAGGCUUACCCCAAAGCCGUGAAAGGACACACGGCGCUGCUCGGUGCCAUCAAUCGUGCUCGUGCAGGGAGGGGCGAGCUUGUCGAGCGAAAGAGCAAGAACGGGAGCCUAUCCCGCCAUCACCGAUGA